AUUCAACAACAUUGAGAAUGUCCAAAAAUUUAGAAGUAGACUCCAUCAGAGACUUGCCAUCUUCAUUCGAUGAAAGCACUUCAUCGAUAAACAAGACAAUUACAAAAGUUGUAACCGAUAAUGAAUUUGUGAUUCUUGGUAACCAAAAAUUCUAUACCCAUGAGUUAAUGUCUGUAUUUGGUCCAACAUUAAAUUUGGGUAUCACUCCCGUAUCUGCAAACAAAAUAGGUAAUCCUGCUCCAGUUGGUAUGUUAACAUUUGGAUUAACUUGUUUUAUCAUGAGUCUUUAUGGAGUCCAUGCAGGGGGUAUAACCGUAUCUAAUGUUGUUGUAGGGAUGCUUAUAUUUGUUGGUGGUACAGGCCAGGCUCUUUGUGGGGUUGGUGAAAUGAUUAUUGGAAAUACAUUUGGUGCUACAGUUAUGCUUUCCUUUGCAAGCUUCUGGUUUAGUUAUGGUGCAGUUCUUAUUCCAAGUUUUGGAAUUGAAGAAGCAUACGCCGAGGAUAUGGACCAAUUCAACAAUGCCCUUGGAUUUUUGUUAAUGGGUUAUGCAAUCUUAGCUAGUUGGUUAACUACAUUCACAUUUAAGGCUUCUAUCUCCAUUCUCAUUUUAUUUGUCUGUAUUACCAUGACAUUUUUGCUACAAUCAAUAGGGGCUAUGACAGGAAAUUCCCAUGUAGCUUAUGCUGGCCAAAUAUUUGGUAUUUUCACUGGUCUUUCAGGUAUGUAUAAUGGUUUAGUAGACUUGGCACUCAAAGAAACUACUUAUUUUACCCUUCCUGUUGGACCUUUAAAUUCCCAUCAUUAGAGAUUUGCAAUAUUUAAAUGUUCAGAUUAGAAUUCUUCAACCAAAGGGUCGGGAUAGCGGGGGGACUCUUUGAUGUUUUUGUUUAACUAAUAAUUACUACUAUAUAUGGAUUACGGAAAACAAAUUGUUGUAAGUCUCUUAUCCAUGUUCUAUUGCAACUUGGUUACAUACGAUAAAGAUUAAAUUUGUCUCCAUCAUUAUUUAGGUGUAAAAAAA